CACAUCCUGAUAAAAUACGAGCACCUUUUUAAAUUGUGACGACAGCCUCUUCCGUAUAUAGCUGAAUUGUUUGUAAAUUAAUCAGAAUUUCUCUGGUCAAGGCGGUACAUAUUCCAACUGGCACUGGCAGACUGAAGUGAAGAAAGGUUCCACCAAGCAUUUUCCUACACUAUCAGCAAGAAAUGACGACAAAUCAGGGAGUUUACAGAUAUCCAGAUGGGGAUGAAUACAAGGGAGAAUGGUUGGAAGGCAAGCGGCACGGAGUUGGUCAGCUGAUACUAGCUGAUAAAUCUACUUACAUCGGCUAUUUUGAUCAAGGACUUUGCAGUGGAAUGGGUGUCAUGGUCUUCCCAGACGGAUCCAAGUAUGAGGGUGAAUUUCAACAGGGGCGGUUUGACGGCGUUGGAGUAUUUACCCGGUCAGAUGGAAUGACGUUUGAGGGAGAAUUCAAACAAGGAAAAGUCAGUGGUCUAGGCCUGUUGACUUUUGCUGAUGGUACAAAUGGCCUGCCACGCAAUGAGGGAGUGUUUGAAGGUACACGAUUGGUUGAACGUCGGAAAGCAACAGACUAUGUGACAAGAGCUCGGCAAGUCGCACAGCAAGCUCAAGCUGUUCAGCUGUAAAACAUUUUCAUGACAAUUUAUUUUACACUCACAUUUCUUGAAUGUACAAACUACAGUCAACAUUAUAAAAUACUUGGUCAGAUGUCAUAAUAGUUGGAGAUGUAACAAUAAACUGAGCCUGGCCAUUAGUUUAUAUUGGGCCUGAUGCCUUUCACGUUAUAUACUACGUACUGUAGAUUGGUGUUUAUUUCUUAAGUUUUUCAUUGCUGGGAAAUUUUCUGUAUAUUUUUGUACCUGUAAAUCAUUAGUUACAUGUAUUUGUAAAAUUUAUCCAGACUGCUGCUUAAUUGCAAAUAGAACAUAUUUUUGACUCGGCUCUGGUGUCUUAAUCACAUGUUCAAAUCUCUUUCCACAGAAAUUCAAGAUAUGGUUGACUUAACGUCGUUGGUGUUGGUUGAUUUAUGUCCUAUUACUUGGACUCAGAAUGUGUCAUUGACUUUUGCAUUGGACUUUGGCACACUCAUGAAUGCCAUUAUUACCACUAGCAAUAAAUUGCACACAGUCAAAAUAAAAUCACCAGAUACUUCUGUAAUGUUAAAACGAGAAAUGAGAAUGCUUUAUUUCAUUGAAAAUUAUUUUGAAACUCAGAAAUGCUGGACUUUUAUUUUAUUGACCAAAUGAGAUUGGGCAUACAAGGCUUUUCAAGGUAAUUUUCAAAUGACUGAUACAGUCCGAUCAUGCGUCUUCACUUCAAAGAACAUGUUGCUGCAUAGAAUCUACAUGAGCACUUUUUUUUCUUAAAUCGCUAAAUGGUAUGGGUAAAUAAAUGACACGUACAUGAAA